AUGACAUUCCACAUCUAUUGGUUCGCCAAUUACCGUUCGUACAAGGUAAUUUUUACCUCAUUCGAAUACGAAGCCAAUCCACAAUUUCUCAAGGCCACCAUUCAAAUACAAAACGUCAGCGGCGAAACAACACUCCAUGUGGUGUUGAAUGUCCUGGAAGAUAUCGAGAAUAUUGGCCUUAGUUAUGGUCUGGCAAUUGAGGGCGAUCAACCGAACAACUUUACCAUGGUCGUAAAGCGAAAGCUAGACUUUUGUAAAUUUCUUCAAGAACGGCCAGUGGGAAUGGGAUUUCGUCGUCACUAUGAGGAUAUUUUAAAAUCGGAUUCGUUUAUUAAAAGCUGUCCUCUAAAGAAAAAUGCGGUUUUCACGGUACGCAAUUACCAAUUGGACGAGGAGUUGUUGCCACAAUAUGUGCCCGAAACUAAUUUCUAUCUGGAUAUGCAAUUCGAUCGAAUGAAUCCGAAGGGCGAGGCGGUGAUGCUAAUCAAAGGACGUCUCAAUGGGACCAUUGAUAAGUCAAAGGGUUUUAAUAAUUUGAAAAUGUUCAGCAUGGGUUGA